UGUUUCUCCAAUGCACAUUGCCCUGUUUCUCUAAUUCUGUCUCAUCAUCAUAAGUCUUUUCUUCAUUCCAAACGAAUUACUUCCAUAUUUUGUGUCUUCUUCAUCAAACACAUGGGAAGGCAGCCUUGUUGUGACAAGCUAGGGGUGAAGAAAGGGCCAUGGACCGCCGAGGAAGACAAGAAGCUCAUCAACUUCAUCCUCACCAAUGGCCAGUGCUGCUGGAGAGCCGUCCCUAAGCUCGCCGGCCUCCGCCGCUGCGGCAAGAGCUGCCGCCUCCGGUGGACCAAUUACCUCCGGCCUGACCUCAAGCGUGGCCUCCUCACUGAUUCUGAAGAGCAGCUGGUGAUCGACCUCCAUGCCCGCCUUGGCAACCGGUGGUCAAAAAUCGCUGCUAGACUACCAGGAAGAACGGACAACGAGAUAAAAAAUCAUUGGAACACCCACAUCAAGAAGAAGCUUCUGAAAAUGGGGAUCGAUCCCGUCACUCAUGAGCCUCUCAACAAGGAUGAAUCCGUCGAAGAAUACAACAAGAACGACAACGAGAUUAUUCCUGACAAUGUUCAGGAAAUUGUAACGGGUUCAUCUCAAUCACAACAGACUCUGCUUGUCGAUGCUUAUCAGAAGAGUGACACUAAUGAUUCCUCCCCGAAAACCGACAACUCUUCCUCUAACAACGACUCAUCUUCAUCAUCAUCUUCGUCGUUGUCAUCUUCAUCGUCCUCGUCAAUCCUGUUGGACAACAUUUACAAUGAUGAUGGUUUGCUGAUGAGCAGCUUGUGGUUGGAUGAGCCUCUCCUUGUUGAUCCUUUCACUAAUCACCACCCUCCAACCCUUGUUACCACAAAUGAAACUGCUAAUCCUGAGAUUACUACUACUACUACUACUACCUAUCCAUCCUGGGAAGAUAGCUGCUCAUGGCUGCUGGACUGUCAGGACUUCGGGAUUCAGGAUUUCGGGUUCGAUUCCAUCAACGAUGAUGACAUCGAUCUGAGCAUCCUCAGCGCGUUGCAGAUGGAAGAAAAUGCCUUGAAAGAGUUGUUACAGUAGCAGCAUGAACAUGUUCAUAUGAAAACCAUCAGAAGGUGUAAUGUCAUGUGUCAUAACUAGCAGAUGAAGAGGAAGGAAGCAUUUGAAGGUAAAUUAGGGAUUGAGCUUGCAACUUUUGUUGUGUCCAUAUGGAUCAAUGGUUCUUGUUUUUCCUCCCCUUUUUUGAAAGACUAAUUGGUUGGAGGACUGGAAAGUUUAACCUGAGAGGUUUACUGUCAACCAACCAACCAGGAAGUCAUAGCCACAAACAGAAGAAAAAGAAAAGAAGUUACAGUUUCCAGUUAAAAUACACCAAACCCAAAACCUAGUGUAAUUUUACACUACUUGCUGUUAUUUAUUUUGUCCUGUUUUCUGUUUCCCCUUUUGGUGUAACGUUAUGUAAGAGAUAGGGACACAUCGCUGAGCAUUUUUUUGUCAAAAUGCUGGUGGUUUGUUCUCCCCUCCUCCUAUCGUUUGUAAAUACAAUAUUUAUGGUGUGAAAUAAAGUGAAUCAAUUACUACA